AUGACAACCACACAAAACCCUAUCGGUCGAUGUCCACUUUCUAACCAAUUUUAUUGCUGGCAGGUAGUGUACGCCCUCGAAACCGGCGCCGCCUACUGCGUCAGCGCCUGGUGGCACGGUCUCGCUAACAACGCGAUGACCGCAGCCCAGCGCGCGGCGCUCUCGCCGCAGUCCGAAGAGUACCGGCUCCGCGUCGGGGGCUCCAAGACCCAGGUGCUGGGAUGGUCGCUGUACACCACUUUGCUGUGGUUGCUCAAGACGUGCAUGGCGGUGUUCUAUGCGAGACUGACGGCUGGGCUGUACAACAUGACCCGUCGCAUCCGCCUCGCCUACAUCUUCAUCGCCGGCACCUACCUCGCGGUCAUCCUGAGUAUCCUGCUGGGGUGUCGUCCGCUCCACAGGAACUGGCAGAUCCACCCGGAUCCCGGGAACUAUUGCCAGCCGGCCGUCUCGCCGAUCGAUGUGUAUGUCACGGUGACGCUGAAUGUGGUGACGGAUGUGUAUUUGAUUUCGAUUCCGUUCCCUAUCCUCUUCAAAGCCCGUCUCCCAUGGCGAGAGAAACUCGAAUUGGUGGUGUUGUUCAGCGGCGGGCUAUUCGUCAUGGCGGCGGGGAUUCUGCGGUGUGUGUUGAUUGUCACGGCCGGCGCGAACGGCGCCUCGCAAGCCGGCAGCUGGGCCUGCCGCGAGACCUUCGUCGCCGUCCUGAUCGGCAACCUCCCCAUGAUCUACCCCGUGUGUCGCCGGAUGGUGAAACGGGCGGGCAGCUACUGGUCAUCCCACAGCUUCAACGCGAAGGGCGGAAGCACGACGACUGGGCCGGGGCCCGGGGGGUCCGGGUAUCCCCUUUCGGAAGGAGAGCAUCCGAGCAGUGCGCAUUCGCAGUCCCGGAAGAAGAAGUUCCGGCACCCCCUGUCGUUGCCGGAUACGCAGUGGACGCAGUUGGCGACGGUCAGUGAUGAGCAGAUCAUGCUGGCGGCGGUGGAUGCGGAGGGUCGGCGGAUGACGGGGGAAGAAGGGGGGAUUCAGGUCGUGCAGGAGUUGAUUAUUACGAGCAAUUGA